AUGGCGGAUAAGAACAGCUCCGCAAUCGGGUACGUAGCCCGGAAUCUACUGCUCUGCUUGUUCGUCGUCACGACGAUCCUCUUCGCUCUCUCUUGUUACUUCGUGUUGCGCUCCACUGCUCACAACCGCUUCCUCAGCUCCACAUUCCCGUCGAGACCGUUCGUUUCCUCCACAGACGACGCGAUUGCGAAAGCCGUAAAGCGUGAGAGAGAGAAUUGCAGAUGCGAUCAUAAGGACGAGAAAUCGAAGUCUCCUCUUAAGGUUUACAUGUACGACAUGGAUCCCGAGUUUCAUUUCGGAUUGUUAGACUGGAAACCGGAAGGGAAGAAGAAGAAGAGCAGUGUGUGGCCUGAUAUCCAGAAGUUUAUACCUCCUUAUCCCGGAGGCUUGAAUCUGCAGCACAGCAUCGAGUAUUGGCUCACAUUGGAUCUCCUCGCAUCGGCGUAUCCAAACACUCCGAGUGCAAAUGCUGCGAAACGAGUUUAUAACUCCACCGAAGCUGAUGUGAUCUUUGUUCCUUUCUUCUCUUCAUUGAGUUAUAAUCGGUUCUCUAAAGUGAAUCCUCACCAGAAAACGAGCAGGAACAAGGAUUUGCAGCGAAAGCUUGUUGCUUUCUUGACUGCUCAGGAGGAGUGGAAGAGAUCUGGUGGUAGAGACCAUGUGGUUCUUGCUCAUCAUCCUAAUAGCAUGUUGGAUGCAAGAAACAAGCUUUUCCCUGCAAUGUUUAUACUCUCUGACUUCGGUAGGUACCCUCCUACUGUGGCCAACGUUGAGAAAGAUGUCAUUGCGCCUUAUAAGCAUGUUAUCAAGACUUACGAUAACGAUACCUCCGGUUUCGAUAGCAGACCUACUCUGCUCUACUUUCAGGGUGCUAUCUACAGGAAAGAUGGUGGGUUUGUGCGUCAGGAGUUGUUUUACCUCCUGCAAGAUGAGAAAGAUGUGCAUUUCUCGUUUGGGAGCGUGAGAAACGGAGGGGUGAACAAAGCGAGCCAGGGGAUGCACAGCUCCAAGUUCUGCCUCAAUAUUGCCGGAGACACGCCUUCGUCAAACCGUCUCUUUGACGCCAUUGCUAGUCACUGUGUACCUGUCAUUAUCAGUGACGAGAUUGAGCUUCCUUUUGAGGAUGUUAUUGAUUACUCUGAGUUUUCGGUGUUUGUUCGCACCACUGAUGCGUUGAAAGAGAACUUUCUGGUUAAUUUGAUAAGGGGGAUAAGCAAAGAGGAGUGGACGAGAAUGUGGAAUAGAUUGAAGGAAGUGGAGAAGUUUUAUGAGUUUCAUUUUCCGUCGAAGGUUGAUGAUGCGGUCCAGAUGAUAUGGCAAGCGAUUGCACGCAAAGUUCCGAGUGUGAAAAUGAGGGUUCAUAAGUCUCGGAGGUUUUCUGGAUCUGCUUCUGAGGUAGAGAAACAAUCAAUAUGGUCAUUGAUACCAAGGAAUUUCUGGUGA